AUGGAUAGAAGAAGAGUUAUAAAGAGUAUAGAUAGAAGUGAAGACCUCAGUGAAUACACGGCCUCCCUGGUGAUAUCUCUCCUCUCCUUGGAGGUUAUUGACAGUUCUUGUGUCAUACUAAUUGACAUCAUAGAUAGAAGUGAAGACCUCAGUGUAUACACGACCUCCCUGGUGAUAUCUCUCCUCUCCUUGGAGGUUAUUGACAGUUCUUGUGUCAUACUAAUUGACAUCAUAGAUAGAAGUGAAGACCUCAGUGAAUACACGGCAUCCCUGGCGAUAUCUCUCCUCUCCUUGGAGGUUAUUGACAGUUCUUGUGUCAUACUAAUUGACAUCAUAGAUAGAAGUGAAGACCUCAGUGUAUACAAGGCCUCCCUGGUGAUAUCUCUCCUCUCCUUGGAGGUUAUUGACAGUUCUUGUGUCAUACUAAUUGACAUCAUAGAUAGAAGUGAAGACCUCAGUGUAUACACGACCUCCCUGGUGAUAUCUCUCCUCUCCUUGGAGGUUAUUGACAGUUCUUGUGUCAUACUAAUUGACAUCAUAGAUAGAAGUGAAGACCUCAGUGAAUACACAGCCUCCCUGGUGAUAUCUCUCCUCUCCUUGGAGGUUAUUGACAGUUCUUGUGUCAUACUAAUUGACAUCAUAGAUAGAAGUGAAGACCUCAGUGAAUACACGGCAUCCCUGGCGAUAUCUCUCCUCUCCUUGGAGGUUAUUGACAGUUCUUGUGUCAUACUAAUUGACAUCAUAGAUAGAAGUGAAGACCUCAGUGUAUACAUGGCCUCCCUGGUGAUAUCUCUACUCUCCUUGGAGGUUAUUGACAGUUCUUGUGUCAUACUAAUUGACAUCAUAGAUAGAAGUGAAGACCUCAGUGUACACACGGCCUCCCUGGUGAUAUGUAUGUGUCGAGACAUGUUGACAUUCAGUAGCUCUCCUCACCUUGGAGGCUAUUGA